UCUUCUAUCGAGGUCUUCAAGUUCGGGAGACUGUAUUACUGCAAUGUCUUUGCCGCAACGACAUGUAUCGAGGCCUAUUACUAGACUAUCGGCGCGUGCAAGCCCAUAUCACAGUGCAGUUACUUUGUAUGCAACUGGAAAUGCCGCGGAUCAGGCGUCAACUUCAAUGUCUUCCAGUCUAAAGCCAUCGAAGCGUAUCAAGCUUGAGGUCGAAUCCAAGACCUUAGACAUAUCAGACCAUGUGACGCCCUCCACGAAUCUACGGAAGACGCCGCGAAGUUUAAAGCUAGAAGAGACGGUAUCUGAAGAAGAUUCGAGUCCGAAAGUAAAGGCCAAGUCCCCCAAGAAACCUAAACCAAUCCCACAGUUUCUGGAUACUCCACAUCCUGCUCCACUACGCUGGAAGGAGGCGUAUGACUCGAUCAAAGCAAUGCGUGAACAUAUUGUUGCUCCUGUGGACACAAUGGGGUGCGACCGAGCCAACCACAACGAGGAAGAUCCAAAGAACCGACGGUUUUCUGUACUAGUGUCUCUGAUGUUAUCUUCCCAAACGAAAGAUGAAGUCACAGAUGCAGCUGUUGCGAAGCUGCGAGCUGCCGUAGGAGGCACGCUAUCUAUCGUGGCCAUCAUAUCCGCGGAUGAUUCUACAAUUUCAGAUGCCAUAGCGAAAGUUGGCUUCUGGCGACGGAAAACUGGGUAUAUCAAGAAGGCAGCUAUACGGUUACGGGAUGAUUUCGAUUCAGAUGUACCCAAGACGGUGGAUGAGUUAUGCUCAUUACCGGGAGUCGGACCUAAAAUGGCGUUCCUUACGCUUCAUGUCGCUUGGAAUCUCAAUCACGGUAUUGGCGUGGAUGUGCAUGUUCACCGUAUUACUAACAGGUUGGGGUGGCAUCAACGGCCAACCAAGAAACCUGAAGAAACGAGACUAAAUCUUCAGUCCUGGUUACCCAUCGAAUUGCAUCGCGAAAUCAAUCACAUGCUCGUCGGAUUUGGUCAGACCAUUUGCGUCCCUGUGGGGCCGAAGUGCGACUCAUGCACAUUAAGCACUAAGGGGCUAUGCCCAAGUGCUAGUACAAAAACCCCGAGGAGCCCGAAGAAGCGGAAGAGACAAAUUUCUGCAGACCUUGAGCACGAGUCUGGACCAAAGAUCGAUAUUGCAAUCGAGUCUUCUGACCUAUGAAGAGUUGAUUUUCUUCGACCCCCUAUCUGCCAAUGCAUGCACAUAUUUGUAAUGUCCAUAUAUAAUGACUACUGCCAAGCUCACAUAGCUGACUUUCAAGAUAGAAAUGCUCGUCUCUAG